UUUCCAAAGUCAAAAGGGCUAGCACGACUCCUCCAUGAUUUUUGGAUAGCCUGAUUCGGACCUUCAUUCCAUUCAAAAUGUAUUUCUAGUAUAUCUCUCUUCCCGAAUUUUGACCGCCUCGCCACUUUAGGAUUUCGAUGCAGCCGCCGUUCAGCUCAACUGAAACAUACAAUCGAAGUCCAUGCGAUGGACCCAAUAUCAUUCACCGCCGGUCUGCUAACGCUUCUUGCAGCCGCCAGCGGAUCCUGCAAGUUCCUCUAUAACUUCAUUCUCGACAUCUCAGAUGCACCAUCAGAAAUUUAUUCGCAGAACAUCAAGCUACGCUCUCUGCACCGGACCUUUUUAGGUCUCAUUCGAUUCUACGAAAGUCCGGAUCUUCCACCAGAGCUGCAGCUGGAUUCGGACUUGCGCGCGAAUCUCUUACGCUUCAUAGACACCAUAGGUGCAUUCAAGACGAAGAUCCAAAAAAGGGGAGGAACACUGGAUAAGAAUAGAAGACAUCAUGCAUGGGAGAGGCUCAUAUGGCUUUCGUCCGAUCGGGAAUUGCGUAAAUUCUAUAUCUCUUUGGAUAACUGGGAUACAAUAUUCCGGAAUACUGCAUCGGGAACCACAAUGAAUCUUUUAAUGACCAUUCAUCGUGACACUGCCGAGCUUAGAGCGCGGCCAUCUCAGACAAUCUGUGCGGACGCCGCCAUUGGGUUUCGACAUUUGGAAAACACUUAUCUGAAGGACAAGUACAAGGAUAGCCCCAUCGACGAAGUUGGGCAAGGUCGAACGGAAACAAAAACGAAAAAUCCGCACCUCCUUCUUCCUGCUUCUCAGAGUCUACCAAUUAGUAAUCGAGUUUCAAAUUUUCUCUCCACUGUAUUUGAGCCUUACGGCCUCAAAGCCCAACACUGGAGCAAUUUUGAGCAGGGCUUCAUGAAAGUCGACCUGCGGUUAGGAUUUGUAGUAGCUAGAUUUUGGUGUGAAGAGCGUCGUGCUCUGUACACUAAAGUCCUUUCCAAAAGAGAAGGGUACUGCAUGUCCAGUUCGAUUCGAUUGCGGCGAGUAAUCCCUGGUAAUUUGUCCAUGACUGUAUUCAUCACCUAUAGAUCAUAUAAUCCCUUUCAGGUCAGUCUGGAGUGGCACAUGAAAGCUUCCAGAAUCCUGGAGUUUGAUAGUCCUGCUUACAGUGCUUGCGAAAGGGGGGAUUGGGCGUUGCUAAAAAGGCUAUUGGUCCAGGGCAAGGCCAGCCUAUCAGACUCGACUAUCUUUGGGGACACGGUAUUACAUAUAGCCGCGCGAUCUAAUAACUCGCGCUUGGUAAGUACACUUCUCGGCCUAAAGGCCGACGUCAGCGCAACCAAUGAUUUUGGCGAGUAAAACUGCACUUCACAUUGCGACCGAGAGAGACAGUUUCGACGUUGCACCUCUACUCCUCAGCUGCGGCGCAGACUUGAUGCAGCAAGAUCAAAUGGGACGAACGCCGCUGCACUACUUUUUCAACCGGACGAUUCAGAAAAUCAUCGAAUAUCACCAGGAUGAUGUCGACUUUACAUCAGAAGACUUUAGGGGCAUGACAAUAGCCCACUAUGUUGCCUGGUCCAAAAGCGCAACACUUGCAGACUACCUUCGCUGC